CUGUGAGCGGCUGCAGUGGGAGGUUGGUAGCAUGGGGGAGUUGCCGCCACGGGCACGAUUUCCCCUAGCGUUCCCAGGCGCUGCUCCGAACGCAGGGAACUGCGGACAUCAAAGGGGUCGCCGCAGAGCGUGACACAGCUCGGAGGGAGGAGGGUGCGUCUGGGGCUGCGCCUCCAGGAAGCGCUUAGGGAGAAACAGGCAGGCGAAGGCGCUGGGAGCCUCUGGCGGGCGGGGCACCAAGGGCGCACCUGGCGGCAGCGCGGCCCGGCCUGACCGAGGGAGCAGGCGCGGUGGCCGCGGCGGCAACAGCAAGGAUGUCGCAGCUGUCGCUGCUCCCCGCCUCGGCGGAGACUCGGAAGUUCACCCGGGCGCUGAGUAAGCCAGGCACAGCGGCCGAGCUGCGGCAGAGCGUGUCGGAGGUAGUGCGCGGCUCGGUGGUCCUGGCAAAGCCAAAGCUGAUUGAGCCACUUGACUAUGAAAAUGUCAUCGUCCAGAAAAAGACACAGAUCCUAAACGAUUGUUUAAGGGAGAUGCUGCUCUUCCCUUACGAUGACUUUCAGACGGCUAUUCUGAGACGACAAGGUCGAUACAGAUGUUCCACAGUUCCUGCAAGUGCACAAGAGGAAGCACAGAGCUUGUUUGUUACAGAGUGCAUCAAAACCUAUAACUCUGACUGGCACCUUGUGAACUAUAAAUAUGAAGAUUACUCAGGAGAGUUUCGACAGCUUCCAAACAAAGUGGCCAAGUUGGAUAAACUUCCUGUUCAUGUCUAUGAAGUUGAUGAGGAGGUUGACAAAGAUGAGGAUGCUGCCUCCCUUGGCUCUCAGAAGGGUGGAAUUACCAAGCAUGGGUGGCUGUACAAAGGCAAUAUGAACAGUGCGAUAAGCGUGACCAUGAGGUCAUUUAAAAGACGGUUUUUCCACCUGAUUCAACUUGGUGAUGGAUCCUACAAUUUGAAUUUUUAUAAAGAUGAAAAGAUCUCCAAAGAACCGAAAGGAUCGAUAUUUUUGGAUUCCUGUAUGGGUGUGGUUCAGAACAACAAAGUCAGGCGUUUUGCUUUUGAGCUCAAAAUGCAAGACAAAAGUAGUUAUCUUUUGGCAGCAGACAGUGAAGUGGAAAUGGAAGAAUGGAUCACAACUCUAAACAAGAUUCUCCAGCUCAACUUUGAAGCUGCAAUGCAAGAAAAGCGAAAUGGAGACUCUCAUGAAGAUGAUGAACAAAGCAAAUUGGAAGGUUCCAGUUCCGGUUUAGAUAGCUACCUGCCUGAACUAGUCAAGAGUACCCGAGAAGCAGAAAUCAAACUGAAAAGUGAAAGCAGAGUUAAACUUUUUUACUUGGACCCAGAUGCCCAGAGGCUUGACUUCUCAUCAGCUGAGCCAGAAGUGAAGCCAUUUGAAGAGAAGUUUGGAAAAAGAAUUCUUGUCAAAUGCAAUGAUUUAUCUUUCAAUUUGCAAUGCUGCGUUGCUGAAAAUGAAGAAGGACCUACUACAAAUGUAGAACCUUUCUUUGUUACUCUAUCCCUGUUUGACAUAAAGUACAACCGAAAGAUUUCUGCUGAUUUCCACGUGGACCUGAACCAUUUCUCAGUGAGGCAGAUGCUGGCCACCACGUCCCCAGCUUUGCUGAAUGGCAGUGGGCAGAGCUCCCCUGCCCUUCAGGACAUCCUUCAUGAAGCCGCCAUGCAGUAUCCCAAGCAGGGAAUAUUUUCAGUUACAUGUCCUCAUCCAGAUAUAUUUCUUGUGGCUAGAAUUGAAAAAGUCCUUCAGGGGAGCAUCACACAUGGCGCUGAGCCAUACAUGAAAAGUUCAGACUCUUCUAAGGUUGCUCAGAAAGUGCUGAAGAAUGCCAAGCAGGCAUGCCAAAGACUAGGACAGUACAGGAUGCCAUUUGCUUGGGCAGCAAGGAUGUUGUUUAAGGAUACAUCUGGAAACCUUGACAAAAAUGCCAGAUUCUCUGCUCUCUACAAGCAAGAUAGCAAUAAGCUCUCCAAUGACGACAUGCUCAAGUUACUUGCAGACUUUCGGAAGCCUGAAAAGAUGGCUAAGCUCCCAGUGAUUUUGGGCAAUCUAGACGUUACCAUUGAUAAUGUUUCCUCAGACUUUCCUAAUUAUGUCAAUUCAUCAUACAUUCCCAUAAAGCAAUUUGAAACCUGUACUAAAACCCCAAUCACAUUUGCAGUAGAGGAAUUUGUGCCCUGCAUACCAAAACACACUCAGCCUUAUACCAUCUACAACAAUCACCUUUAUGUUUAUCCUAAGUACUUGAAAUAUGACAGUCAAAAAUCUUUUGCCAAGGCCAGAAAUAUUGCUGUUUGCAUUGAAUUCAAAGAUUCAGAUGAGGAAGACUCUCAGCCUUUGAAGUGCAUUUAUGGCCGUCCUGGUGGGUCAGUGUUCACAAGAAGCGCCUUUGCUGCAGUUUUACACCAUCACCAAAACCCAGAAUUUUAUGAUGAGAUUAAAAUAGAAUUGCCCACCCAGCUACAUGAAAAACACCACUUGUUGUUCACAUUUUUCCAUGUCAGCUGUGAUAAUUCAAGUAAAGGAAGCACAAAAAAGAAGGAUGUUGUUGAAACACAAGUUGGAUAUUCCUGGCUUCCUCUUCUGAAAGAUGGAAGGGUGGUGACUAAUGAGCAGCACAUUCCUGUCUCAGCUAAUCUACCGUCUGGCUACCUUGGCUACCAGGAGCUUGGGAUGGGCAGGCAUUAUGGUCCAGAAAUUAAAUGGGUAGAUGGAAGCAAGCCACUGCUGAAAGUUUCAACUCAUCUGGUUUCUACAGUGUAUACUCAGGAUCAGCAUUUGCAUAAUUUUUUCCAGUACUGUCAGAAAACUGAAUCUGGAGCCCAAGCCUUAGGGAAUGAACUUGUAAAAUAUCUUAAGAGCCUGCAUGCAAUGGAAGGCCAUGUGAUGAUUGCCUUUUUGCCCACCAUCCUAAACCAGCUAUUUCGUGUCCUCACCAGAGCAACUCAUGAGGAAGUCGCUGUCAAUGUGACACGGGUCAUAAUUCAUGUGGUUGCCCAGUGCCAUGAGGAAGGAUUGGAGAGCCACUUGAGGUCAUAUGUUAAGUAUGCUUAUAAGGCUGAACCAUAUAUUGCCUCUGAAUAUAAGACAGUGCAUGAAGAACUGACCAAAUCCAUGACCACAAUACUCAAGCCUUCUGCCGACUUUCUCACCAGCAACAAACUACUUAAGUAUUCAUGGUUUUUCUUUGAUGUUUUGAUAAAAUCCAUGGCUCAGCAUUUGAUAGAGAACUCCAAAGUUAAGGUAUUGAGAAACCAGAGAUUUCCUGCAUCCUAUCAUCAUGCAGUGGAAACUGUUGUGAAUAUGCUGAUGCCACACAUCACUCAAAAGUUUCGAGAUAACCCAGAAGCAUCUAAGAAUGCAAAUCAUAGCCUUGCUGUAUUCAUCAAGAGAUGUUUCACCUUCAUGGACCGGGGCUUCGUCUUUAAGCAGAUCAACAACUACAUCAGCUGCUUUGCUCCUGGAGAUCCGAAGACCCUCUUUGAAUAUAAAUUUGAAUUUCUCCGUGUGGUGUGCAACCAUGAACAUUACAUUCCAUUGAAUUUACCAAUGCCAUUUGGAAAAGGCAGGAUUCAAAGAUACCAAGACCUCCAGCUUGACUACUCAUUAACAGAUGAGUUCUGCAGAAACCACUUCUUGGUGGGACUGUUACUGAGAGAGGUGGGGACCGCUCUCCAGGAGUUCAGGGAGGUCCGACUGAUCGCCAUCAGCGUGCUCAAGAAUCUGCUGAUAAAACAUUCUUUUGAUGACAGAUAUGCUUCAAGAAGCCAUCAAGCAAGGAUAGCCACUCUCUACCUGCCUCUGUUUGGUCUGCUGAUUGAAAAUGUCCAUCGGAUCAAUGUGAGAGAUGUGUCACCCUUCCCCGUGAACCCUGGCAGUACUGUGAAGGAGGAAUCACUUAUUUUGCCAGCUGUAAAUCCGUUAGUGACGCCACAGAAGUCUGGAAACACACUGGAUAACAACCUGCACAAGGACCUCUUUGGCGCUAUCUCUGGCAUUGCUUCUCCGUAUACGACAUCAACUCCAAACAUCAACAGUGUGAGAAAUACUGAUUCAAGAGGCUCCCUCAUAAGCACAGAUUCGGGAAACAGCCUUCCAGAAAGGAAUAGUGAGAAAAGCAAUUCCCUGGACAAGCACCAACAAAGUGGCACUUUGGGAAAUUCUGUGGUUCGCUGUGAUAAACUUGACCAGUCUGAGAUUAAGAGCCUGCUGAUGUGUUUCCUCUACAUCUUAAAAAGCAUGUCUGAUGAUGCUUUGUUUACAUAUUGGAACAAGGCUUCAACAUCUGAACUUAUGGAUUUUUUUACAAUAUCUGAAGUCUGCUUGCACCAGUUCCAGUACAUGGGGAAGCGAUAUAUAGCCAGAACAGGAAUGAUGCAUGCCAGAUUGCAGCAGCUGGGCAGCCUGGAUAACUCUCUCACUUUUAACCACAGCUAUGGCCACUCGGACGCAGAUGUUCUUCACCAGUCAUUACUUGAAGCCAACAUUGCUACUGAGGUGUGCCUCACAGUUCUGGAUACUCUUUCUCUAUUUACACUGGCAUUUAAGAACCAGCUCCUGACUGACCAUGGACAUAAUCCUCUCAUGAAAAAAGUUUUUGAUGUCUACCUGUGUUUUCUUCAAAAACAUCAGUCUGAAACAGCUUUAAAAAAUGUCUUCACUGCCUUAAGAUCAUUAAUUUACAAGUUUCCCUCGACAUUCUAUGAAGGGAGAGCUGACAUGUGCGCUGCACUGUGCUAUGAGAUUCUGAAGUUCUGUAACUCCAAACUGAGCUCCAUCAGAACUGAAGCCUCCCAGCUGCUCUACUUCCUGAUGAGGAAUAACUUUGACUACACUGGAAAGAAGUCUUUUGUCCGGACACAUCUGCAAGUCAUUAUUUCCGUCAGCCAGCUGAUAGCAGAUGUUGUGGGGAUUGGAGGAACCAGAUUCCAGCAGUCCUUGUCUAUCAUCAACAACUGUGCCAACAGUGACAGGCUCAUCAAGCACACCACCUUCUCCUCGGAUGUGAAGGACUUGACCAAAAGGAUACGCACGGUUCUGAUGGCCACUGCCCAGAUGAAGGAGCAUGAGAAUGACCCCGAGAUGCUGGUGGACCUGCAGUACAGUCUGGCCAAGUCCUAUGCCAGCACUCCCGAGCUCAGGAAGACAUGGCUGGACAGCAUGGCUAGGAUCCACGUCAAAAACGGAGAUCUCUCUGAGGCAGCAAUGUGCUAUGUCCAUGUCACAGCCCUGGUGGCAGAAUAUCUCACACGUAAAGAAGCAGACAAAGCCCUCCGACGGGAGCCAGCCCUCUUCCCCUACAGCCACAGCAUCUGCCAGAGGAGGCACCAGGGAGGCAUGUUUAGGCAAGGAUGCACAGCCUUCAGGAUGAUUACCCCAAACAUAGAUGAGGAGGCUGCCAUGAUGGAAGAUGUUGGGAUGCAAGAUGUCCAUUUCAAUGAGGAUGUGCUCACGGAGCUCCUAGAACAGUGUGCAGAUGGACUCUGGAAGGCUGAACGCUAUGAGCUGAUUGCUGACAUCUACAAACUUAUCAUCCCCAUUUAUGAGAAGCGGAGAGAUUUUGAGAGGCUAGCACAUCUGUAUGACACUCUACACCAGGCCUACAGCAAAGUGACCGAGGUCAUGCACUCAGGCCGCAGGCUCCUGGGGACCUACUUCCGAGUGGCCUUCUUUGGACAGGGGUUCUUCGAAGAUGAAGAUGGAAAGGAGUAUAUUUACAAAGAACCCAAGCUCACGCCUCUGUCAGAAAUUUCUCAGAGACUCCUUAAACUUUACUCAGAUAAAUUUGGCUCUGAAAAUGUUAAAAUGAUACAGGAUUCUGGCAAGGUCAACCCUAAGGAUCUGGAUUCCAAGUAUGCGUAUAUCCAGGUGACUCAUGUCAUCCCAUUUUUUGAUGAAAAAGAAUUGCAAGAAAGGAAAACAGAGUUUGAAAGAUCUCACAACAUCCGCCGCUUCAUGUUUGAGAUGCCCUUCACUCAGGCCGGGAAGAGGCAGGGUGGGGUCGAGGAGCAGUGCAAACGGCGCACGAUAUUGACAGCAAUACACUGCUUCCCUUAUGUGAAGAAGCGGAUCCCUGUCAUGUACCAACACCACACUGACCUGAACCCCAUUGAAGUGGCCAUUGAUGAGAUGAGUAAGAAGGUGGCUGAGCUUCGGCAGCUGUGCUCCUCAGCUGAAGUGGACAUGAUCAAACUCCAGCUGAAACUCCAGGGCAGCGUGAGUGUUCAGGUCAAUGCUGGUCCACUAGCAUAUGCCCGAGCUUUCUUAGAUGACACAAACACGAAAAGAUAUCCCGACAAUAAAGUGAAGUUACUUAAAGAAGUUUUCAGGCAAUUUGUAGAAGCUUGUGGUCAAGCCUUAGCAGUAAACGAACGUCUCAUUAAAGAAGACCAGUUAGAGUAUCAGGAAGAAAUGAAGGCCAACUACAGGGAAAUGACAAAAGAGCUUUCUGAAAUCAUGCAUGAGCAGAUUUGCCCCCUGGAGGAGAAGACAAGCGUUUUACCGAAUUCCCUUCACAUCUUCAAUGCCAUCAGUGGAACUCCAACAGGCACAAUGGUUCAUGGGAUGACCAGCUCGUCCUCAGUUCUGUGAUUCAUCUCAUGGACCACAUGUGGGGACUUGCUUUGUCAUUUGCAAACUCAGGAUGAUUUUCAGAGCUAACCACAGGGCUCAUGCAAGACACGGGGAGUCCAAACACAUGGAGAAAUCAGGGGAAUGGGAAGAAAAAGGAAAUAAAGAACUAUGUUGUUUCAUAGCAGAUUUUCUAGAGAAGUCAUAAGAGGGCACAUAUUUUUUUAAAUCUCACUGUCAAUAUUCAAAGUUUUCAUUCUAUCUUAACAGAGAUGGGUGGUAGACACUCAUAAAGUGAAGUUAAAUUUUAUUCUUCCAUACAGAAUAGUAGUAGAAUAAAUGGCCUAGAGAAAACAAGUGUUCUGGAAUAAACAUAGCCGGGACAGUAGCACUGAAACUGAGGCUGGGGUAGUCCUUUGCCUCUGAGCUAAGCUGGAAAAUCUUGAAAAUAUUUUUUUCCUGUGGCACAUUCAGGUUGAAUACAAGAACUAUUUUUGGACUAGUUUUUGAUGACCUAAGGAAACUGACCAUUGUAAUUUUUGUACCAGGGAUUGAGGAGGUUUAGUGCUUUUAUACAUAUUUACUUCAUCUAAAAAACAAGAAAGCUUAAGAAACUAUGUGAGCUUAAAACUAGUCAAGCAGUUUAGAACCAAAGGCCUAUGUUAAUAAACAUAACUAUGUUAGAAAGUUUAAAAUAACACAGUAUGUUGUUGUGUACAUAAAUGUUGUUAAUAUAGCCUUGGCAUUCUGUACAUACAUGUGUUACAUUUUUACAUUUUUAAUACUCCUCACAUCAGCUUCUGCAUUAAGUUUUAUUGUGACAAAUUUGUGCUGUUCCUAGCAUAUGCGAGGCACUUGACUUUACUGUUUUAUUCUUGUACAUAAAAAGUGCAAUAUGGAGAUGUAUACAGUCUUUGCUAUGUUAGGUUUAUAAACUGUUUUAAAAAGUUCAUCCUUUUGCCAAAGUGGAGGAAAAUGUAAUUGGUAAAACAUGAAUCCUGUGGUGAAAAAUGGCGUGAUUUAAAGCUUUCACCAUGUUACAUUCUUUUGAGACAUUAAUUUAGUAAUUUUAUAUGGGGAAAAUAAAGGUUUUAAAUUUAAUUUAACUAGAAUCUCUGCCCUGCUGUAAUUAAACAUUCUGUACCACAUCUGUAUUAAAAAUAUGCUGAUUUCCUGGUGGUAAAUAUUGGGUAUUUAUUGUUUAAUUGUCCUGAGAGGGACAGGAUAUUGAAAUGCUCAGGAGUAAAAAAACACAGUAUAUGAAAUUUGCUUUAAAAUACUUGAGGGGAAAAAAAAAGAGGGUAGGUAGAUGAAACAAGGUUGACAAAUGUUGGUAAUUCUUAAAACUGAGGCCGGGUACAUGGGGAAUUACUAUGCCAAUUCCUCUGCCUUUUGUAAGUUUCUAUGAUACAAAUGCCAACAGGAAGGUGUAGGGAAGAGAUCUUCCAGAGAAUUUGGAUAAAUGCUUUGCUGCACCAUGGUCUGGCUCAGAAUUCUACUAUCGUUCCCCAAGAAUACACAGACACUGUAUUACCUCUCACUUUUGCUUUUCAACUCUAUCAAGGCUUCCACUUCUAUAAUCACCCUUGCUUGCAUUGAGAUGAAUAUUCUGGGACAAGGUCAUUAUUUAUUCCAGUAGUGCAUUGGUGGCCACGUUUGCACGCACUCCCUGUGCCCUAUGGUAUCACAAACACUGAACCCAAGUCAAGUGAUGGCCAGUCCUGCCUCUGGUGUGCCCAGUGACCCAGCAGCUAUAUGCAUGUCCCCAUUCUCUUCUGUGAAUUAACUCCACGGUGACAAGUCUGGAAGAGGGUUCCCCACAGAAUUUGGAGUACACAUUUGUCAUUCUCUUGGCACUCAUAUACAUUUCAACCAUGUCAGUGUGAUCUGACCUUACAGAUUUUCUGAGUAAUACCCACCUUGGGACAGAGCCUGAAAACCUGGCCUUGAGUCCUACUGUCAACCAUACAAUCCCCUUGGCCAGCAUGCCCAUCAUUUCCUAUUCCCUUCUUCACCAACUGAUAGGAUGAAAGGUUAUGCCUUUAGUACUCUGGGACUGCUCCUUUAGACCACAUGAAGAUCAUCCUCUGUCCUGCUUUUUCUCCCAGUUCCAUGUGGAGAAAUGGCUCUGAUAUGCUUGUUUAGACUCCUUCUAGGGGCACAGAUGCAGCAGUCAUCUCCUCUACCUGGGCAGCCAUGUGCUGCUGCCCUUGGCCUGUGCAAUCUCAUUGCAUGGGAAGGACAUUGACUAGAGAAGGGGAAGUUUGCUCCCCUAGGUCAGCCAAGCCCUCUUGAUAUAUGAGGUGGCAUGUUGCAGAUCAACCUGAUAUCUAGCAAGGGCCUGGGGCUUGUCAUGCUCCACAGACAUUGAAGAGCAAAAGGUCUGGAACCAAAAUCUGAAGAUUCUCCUUCCUUGUCUGCAUGUGACUUCAGCAAAUUCAUCUUUCACUCUCUGUACCUCCCUCUACAAAUCAAGGGUAAAGCCAUGUCAUCACCUACAUCAGAUGUGGGUGGUAUGCAUGUUACAGGGGGGAAAAUCAAGGCUGAGAAGGAACACCAUCCUCUUGUUUGGAAAAAGUGGGAACAAUGUUUACAAUAGUUCCUUGAAGUCUUUGUCAAUUAGAAGUUGCUGGAAUGUAGACUCACUGGUUGAGAUGGGAGUGGUGGCACCUACAGGUUUACUGGAGGUGGUUGUAUUAGUCAGGGUUCUCUAGAAAAACAAAAAAUAGGAUGUAUGUGUGUAUCUGUGUAUGUAAGUAUAAAGAUUUAUUUUAAGGAAUUGGCUCACAGGAUUACAGAAGCUGGCAAAUCUAUAGAAUGAGUCACCAAGCAGGAGACCAAAGAGAGCUGAUGGUAUAGUUCUAGCCUGAGAGUCAGCAGGCUUGAGACCCAGGAAGAUCCAAUGUUUUAUUUUGAGUCCAAAGGCAAGAAAAAAGUCCAUGUCCUAGUUCAAAAGCUGUCAGGCAGGAAGAUUUCUCUCUUAUUCAAUGGCGGGGCAGGUCAAUAUUUUGUACUACUCAGGACUUAAGUGAUUGGAUGAGGCCCGCCCACAUUAGUCUACUGAUUUAAAUGUUAAUCUCAUCCAAAAACACCCUUACAGAAACAACCAAAAUAAUGUUAGACCAAAUAUCUUGGUGUACCAUGGCCCAGUCAUGGCUAUGAUCUGUACUUUGUAAAGGGAACCAUGUGAAGAAAUGAGAUUGAAUUGCUAACUAAGCCUUCGUGAUUGGAGUAGCAUUACACCUGGUUUGAGGCCCAAGCCCACUAUUAGGACACUGAAGUCACUAGGCACAAGAGAGGUUGAAAGAGAAUUUUCUUUCUUUGGACACAAGACAUUGAGCUGAGCUCUGAAAGUUGCUCAUUGGUGGAAGACACCAUUCACUGAGGAGACCCAAAAACAUUUUGUUUUAGGUGUGACUGACCCAUCAGCUCUGAGAUAGAACAAGCCUGGCAUCCCUUGCAAAAGCUGGCAAUUUGUUUAAGUAUUAACCAUAGUCUCAUCUCAGUGAGCUCCUCCCAGGUGACAGCACUUUGCAGAUGUUGUCACUCUUAAUCCUAAUAACAAUCCUAUUAAGUAGGUGGUGGUUUCAUAUGAAGAAACCAAACCUCAGAGAGGUAGAGGAUAUUGCCAAAGGUCAGACAUGAAUGGUGGAGCUUGGGUUCAAAUUAAAAUCUUUCUGACCCACUGGUCAGCUGCUGGCUCAGAAGAAUGGGCAUGCCCUGGCCAGCCUGGAUGCCUGGGGCCACCUAGCAACAUAGGCUCUGCAGAAGCUGUGGCCCAAACCUUAAAAGGGUAACUACUAUGGGCUAAAUUAUGUCCAAAAUUAUGUCCCCUUAAUACUCUUAUGUUGAAGUCCUAACCACCAGUAUCUCAGAAUGUGAUCUCUUUUACAGAAGUAAUCAAGUUAAAAUGAGGUCACUAGGGUGGGCCCUAAUCCAAUAUGAUGGGUGUCCUCAUAAGGAGAGGAAUUUUGGACACAGACAUGCACAAGGAAUACAAUGUGAAGACAGGGAGAAGAUGGCAUCUAUGAGCCAAAGAGAGGGACCUCAGAAGGAGCUAAUCCUGCUGGCCUCUUGAUCUCAGACUCCAGCCUCCAGAACUGUGAGAGAAUAAAUCUCUGUUGCUUAAGCCCCCAGUCUGUGGUACUCGUUAUGGCAGCCCCAGAAAACUAACAAAGCAAGAUUCUCAUCAAUGAGGGAAGGCAGGGCAAAGGCUUCCCCAGGCAUGUGUAGAAGGACUCAGGACCCUCAGAGGGACAACAUUUUGAACAAAAAAAAUGUUACCAAACUAGGACAGAAAUGAGGGCAGCAAGUCUUUAGAGGGACUAACCCUUACUCUGAAACCAAGAUUGGGAAAUAUUAAUUGUCACUGUUGAAUUUGGCAGCCUUGUUUGACUGGGUCUUAAUGUGCUUCCUGGUAGUAGACGAAUGGCAAUGUGUGUAUGUCACCUGAUCAAUUACUUUGUACCUUUCCAGAUGGGUAGUCACGAUAAUUGGAAGACAAUGUGGCCCUUCCUGUUACCAUCCCUGGCAAGUGUCAUAGAGAGCCAUCCUAAUUCCCUAUCUACUUAACUUGGCACAGUUGAAAGAAGCACUGGACAAGGAGUCUGAAAAGUUGGGUUCUAGUUCAGGUGCUUCAGGUGUGGAGCCCUAUCACCAUUUCUGAGCAUCAGUGUCACCAUCUAUAAAUGAGAAAAAUCCUUGUUUCUCUUGACUUCACAGAGGUUUUCUCUCAAAUAAGAUCAUUCAUUAAUACUAUGUUCCACAUCCCCUCCAAAAGGAUGGUAGGGAAUUUGUUAUUAAGACACAUGAAAUAGAAUCAUCUAAGCAAGCAUAAAAUAAUGGAGUCAAGGAAUGAAGGGAGGAGAUCAUUUUAUGUUCUAUAGGCAUACCUAAUUCUGUUGUACUUUAUUGUACUUCACAGAUGUUGAAUAUUUUUACAAAUGAAAGGCAAGACUACCAAAACGAUUAUGACUCAC